UAAAUGUAUUGCCAAUUAUUUAUUUUAUACUAUACUUGACUAUAAUUUAAUGGCUUUCUGAAACAAGUUCCCACUCUAAAUAUAUUAAAAACAUGGGGAUACUUUUUAGAAAGAUCAAGGGGUGGUAGUUAACAUGCCAAAAAAAAAAAAGGUAGAAAAUUACUAGCCUCCAUUUUAACCGGAUAUUUUCCCCCUCCUAGACACUCUUGAAAUUAACCUCUUCUUGUUUUAAAUCGUUUAAAUAGGGAAUUUGACAACUUUAAAGUAAUUCGAACCACAGGGCAAUGGUGAACAAUUCCGCCCAAGCUGCAGCUGUGGAACUUUGCUAUGAGAAUGUGAAUGGAUCCUGCAUUAAAACCUCGUACUCACCAGGUCCUCGAGCAAUUCUGUACACAGUCCUUGGUUUGGGGGCUGUGCUGGCCAUGUUUGGAAACUUACUGGUUAUUAUUGCUAUCCUUCACUUCAAACAGCUGCACACACCUACAAACUUUCUGAUCGUGUCCCUGGCCUGCGCUGACUUCUUGGUGGGGGUGACUGUCAUGCCCUUCAGCACAGUGAGGUCUGUGGAGAGCUGCUGGUACUUCGGGGAGAGUUACUGUAAAUUUCAUACAUGUUUUGAUACUUCCUUCUGUUUUGCCUCUUUAUUUCAUUUAUGCUGUAUCUCCGUUGAUAGAUAUAUUGCUGUAACUGAUCCUCUGACUUAUCCAACCAAGUUUACUGUCUUGGUAUCAGGCAUAUGCAUUGUUCUCUCUUGGUUCUUUUCCAUCACCUAUAGUUUUUCCAUCUUCUACACUGGGGCCAAUGAGGAAGGAAUCGAGGACUUGGUUGUUGCUCUCACCUGUGUAGGAGGGUGUCAGGCGCCACUGAAUCAAAAUUGGGUUCUACUUUGUUUCCUUCUAUUCUUUAUACCCACUGUCGCCAUGGUGUUUAUAUAUGGUAAGAUCUUUUUGGUGGCCAAACAUCAGGCUAGGAAGAUAGAAAGUUCAGCCAGCCAUGCUCAGUCUUCCUCAGAGAGUUACAAAGAACGGGUAGCAAAGAGAGAGAGAAAAGCUGCUAAAACAUUGGGUAUUGCUAUGACAGCAUUUCUUGUCUCUUGGCUGCCAUACAUUAUUGAUGCCGUGAUUGAUGCUUACAUGAAUUUUAUAACUCCUCCUUAUGUUUAUGAGAUUUUAGUGUGGUGUGUUUAUUACAACUCAGCUAUGAAUCCCUUGAUAUAUGCUUUCUUUUACCCAUGGUUUCGGAAGGCAAUAAAACUUAUCAUAAGUGGUAAAGUCUUAAGGAGAGAUUCGUCAACAAUCAAUUUGUUUUCUGAAGAAGCAGAUAUAGAGUGACAAGAUGGCUGCAGGGAUUUGGAAACUCACAUGGAAUUAAGGUCAAGUGUGAAAUUAAGCACUUCAAUCAAGAGAGGCAAGUGUAAUCAUCUGCCAAGUGGGAGGAUAUUAUAUUCAACAUUUAGUUGUUCUAAAGCAUUUGUUGUCCUUAUGU